AUGAUCAAUCCCAUCCGUCUCCCUCUGCAGGCCCACCACCCCAUCGCCCUGGUAUACAACGAGCUGCACCCGCAGUGGAACAAAAGCAUCGCCUACUUCCUGCGCUGGCGCCGCCUCAGAUCGCUCUCCCUCACCUUCACGAAUUUCAAGCAGCUCGACACCCUUGACUCGCCGUUCCGCCGGCCCUUCACCUCCCUCACCUCUCUCAGUCUCAAGCUUCGCGGCACUGUCGACAAAUCCUACAUGUUUGACGACGUCGAGAAGGAUGAUGAGGACGAAGCGGAGGAGAAUUACUGGGACCGUUCCUUCGACUGCCCACGUCUGCAGCGGCUGAAGCUCGGCCGGGGCAAGUGGAAUCUGCAGGAAGGUUGGGCUGAGGGUUACAAGGAGCUGCGCAGUUUGACUCUCAAGCACGUGGACUGGAGCUACGUGGAUAUGAACGAUCUCGCCAUGGUCACACCACGGCUCACAGAGUUCGUUCUCUAUCAUAGAUGGAGUUUGGACGACCCAUCCUCCGGCCCCGGAGGCGGUGCCGCAUUCUGUUUCGAGUUAUCAAAAGCUCAGACCGUCCGCUUUUACUUCCCGGGGGAUUGCCUCAAGCUCUCCCUCACAUUCUCUUCUUCGCUCAAGGCCUUCUCAGCCAUGGCCAAGAUGCUUGUUCUCUCUUGCAAGACCACCAACCCUCUUGCUCUCCAACACCUCUCGCUGUACGGCCAGCAGCGGCUUGUCAUCUCCUCCCUCCCCGUCGCUUCCGUACGAGUGGCAUAUCUCAACGGCCCUCCCAAAGACCACCACUCCCACAAUGACGAAUAUCCUUCCUACCUGGACUCUCCUGCAUCGUCACCUAAAAUAUCUCCUGACAGGGAGAACGUGCACUGCCGCAGCUCUGCUGCAUUAUCCUGGGCUGAAUGGCUGGCCCCUAUAGCGCCAACAGUGGAGGUGCUUAUAGUGAGGCAUGGGGUGCCUGUACAGGAGGUUGACGCGGAGUGGAGCAGCCUGCGCAGCCUUGGGAUUGUCGUGGAGAGAGAGGAGCGGUUUGAGGUGGAUUUGAAGGUUGAGAAGCGCAGGGAUGAUGACCCAUCUGCAGCAGCAGGAGGAACAUCAGAGCAAUCAGCUUUGGCCAUCCGGCAGGACAUGGCUCUUUCUGUUCUACCCGUUUCAACCAUCUCCUUGGCGCUGGCUCGGGCGUCUGGCCAAUCGGGGUAUACCACGUCAGCGGCAGUGGAGGCGCGGUCAGGGUCGGAGUUCCUGGCGCUGCGGCGUGACUAUAAGGGGCUGGAGGUGCCCUGGUUCAUGGCGCCUGGUGGGACGCCUAGGGGGACGCCUAGAGGGGGAGGGGAUGAGGGAGGAAGAGGGGAUGGGGGAGGGCUGGGUGCUUUCAUGCCGAAAGUGGCUCCGGCGAUUGAGGCGGUGAGAGUGGUGGAGGGGCGGGAGGGCCGUGCUGCAGGGUAUGUGGAUGAACCACAGCAGGGAUAG